AACCUUGAGCUCCCCUACCUCUCAGGAAACAGUGGAAUCAGAUAGCAUCGGAAGCACACACUCUCUCUCUCUCUCUCUCUCUCUCUCUCUCUCUCUCGCUUCACCUGAUCCCUCCUGCAGGUCUCUGUAGGAAAGGAGUUUCUGUGGGUAAGAGAAUGAGACCAGGUGAUCGUCCAAGGAGGCUGUAAUUUUAGCAGACCUACCAAGAACCUUGAUGUAGGAGGCUUGUUAUUCUAAAUCACAGAAGCCUUUUUAUUUUUUUCUUUGGAAAGUAUGUGAAUGAUUAUAAUGCUGCUUUGCUUCCCAAACUGAGCAGUGAGGUAAACAGCAGAAGCCACAACAACCACAAACAACAGCAGAAGCUCUCAUCCUGACCACCAUGGAGUUUCUCGAAAGAACUUACCUUGUGAAUGACAGAGCCACCAAGAUGUAUGCCUUCACCCUAGACAGUGUGGAACUCCAGCAGAAAUCCUUGAAUAAAGAUCAAUGUCCUGGAGAGAAGCCAGAGGAGCUGGAGUCAGGAGCCAUCUAUCACUGUCACAACAACUCCAAGGCCACAGAGAACAGAGCAAACGAGCAAGUCUAUGCCAAGUGGAAACUCUGUGCUGCUUUGGGAAUAUGCUUCGUUUUCAUGAUUGCAGAGGUCGUGGGUGGGCACGUUGCUGGGAGUCUUGCUGUCAUCACAGACGCUGCCCAUCUCUUAAUUGACCUGACCAGUUUCCUGCUCAGUCUCUUCUCCUUGUGGUUGUCAUCGAAGCCCCCUUCGAAGCAGCUGACAUUUGGAUGGCACCGGGCAGAGAUCCUUGGUGCCCUGCUGUCCAUCUUGUGCGUCUGGGUGCUGACUGGGGUGUUGGUGUACCUGGCAUGUGAACGCCUGCUCUACCCUGAUUACCAGAUCCAGGCGACUGUGAUGAUCAUUGUUUCAGGCUGUGCUGUGGCAGCUAACAUUAUGCUAAGUGUGAUUCUGCACCAAGGACACUCCAACCACAAUCACAAAGACAUGCAAGCUAAUGCCAGUGUCAGAGCGGCUUUUGUGCAUGCCCUUGGAGAUCUAUUGCAGAGCAUCAGUGUGUUAACCAGCGCACUUAUUAUCUACUUUAAGCCAGACUAUAAAAUGGCUGACCCAAUCUGCACAUUUGUCUUUUCCAUCCUGGUUCUGGCCAGCACCAUCACUGUCUUAAAGGACUUUUCCAUCUUACUCAUGGAAGGUGUGCCAAAGAACCUGAAUUAUAAUGAUGUGAAAGAGCGCAUCUUAGCGGUGGAUGGAGUGGUGUCUGUGCACAGCUUGCACAUCUGGUCUCUAGCAAUGAACCAAGUGAUUCUCUCAGCUCAUGUUGCUGCAGUAGCCAGCCGUGACAGCCAGGUUGUUCGGAGAGAGAUUGUUAAAGUCCUCAGCAAUAGCUUUGCUCUGCACUCACUCACCAUUCAGAUGGAAUCUCCAGCUGACCAGGACCCCGACUGCUUUUUCUGUGAAGACCCCCAGGACUAGUUCAGUCACAACAUCGACUUCUCGCAUUUGACGGGCCACUAUAUGCUGCUCUGUGGUUUCCAGCACACAAGAAAUAAAGAACCAAAGGAAUAAGUUUGAGAAAUUCAUGACACUGUACAGUGCACCUUUUAUCCUUCUUUAUUUAGCUCCAUCCACCAUAGAUGAAAAUCCAUUUAGAUUCAUCAGCCAAUUGGAUUAUCGACUCAUCAGUAGCUGUGUUCAAUUACAGGAAUGUGUGUAUAGACUGUUCCUGACUGGGGCUGAAGUAACAGCUGUUUGUAGCCAGAGGCAAUAAAAAGUUCAUCUCCCUUCAAUAAUGUAUCCUGAGGAUGAGUGGGUAAAAUUGAACUCGGCAAAGUCUUAUUAGAGUCGGCACCUAGGAAUUCUCCCAAAACAUGAGAAGCAAAAGAAGAACAGCCAAGCCAGGUUAAAAGAGAUUCUGGAGACCUAACACCCACUAUAACUUGACUCUCUCCCCAUGUUAUAAUAUGAUUUUGAGCAUUAUCUUUUUGCUCCAUAUCCACAUCACUAUUCACCAAAUGGGGUACAAAUAUCCUCUUUCCCUCUUGCUUACAAAUUAUGUUUUAAUAUGCUGAAACCAUUGAAUGAUAUUUUAUUUGUCUGUAUAAAAGCUCUGGACAAAUUAUGAAAUUGCUGCUUUUUGAGUGUUUUCAUGUAGUGUGAACUAAUAAUAAAAUAAGGAGGCACAGAGCAUCAGGGUUCUUGUCCCAGGUCACAUGGGAAAUAAUUCAGUCGAAGAAUUAAGAACUCCCAGAUCCUGAAUAAUACUGAUGGAGUCCCAACUAUUGUCUAGGUAUUGUACCAGGCUAUUUAGAUGUGUCACUUCAUUUUAUUUGAAUGUCAACUUUGGAAAGUUGGAAUUAAUACCAUCAUUGUAGAUAAGGACAUAGGCUCACAGAGGUUAAGUAACUUAACCAAUGUCAUUUAUUUAUCCAUUCAUUCAAAAAUAAUUUGUCAAUGCAGGCUAUGAACUGAGCAUUGGUGAAUUAUGUCAAUGUGGUCUUUAUGUUCAUGGAGCUCCUUCCCUUUUGUUGGGGAGACAGGCAUUCCACCAAUAAACACCAGGAAUGUACUACAAAUAGUGGCAAGUGAUGAAAGAAGAGAGCCUGGUUUAGAUUGGGGGAAGUCAGUGGAGAUCCUCUCUGAAGAAACAGCAUCCAAGUUGAGACCUGAACAGAUAAGUAGGCGAUAGCCAAAUGAAUUAUAGGAGGAAGUACAUUCUAGAAGAAGCAAGAGCAUGAGUGGCACCAAGAAGAAAGAAUUUGGUGCAU